AUGCCGGCGCAGCCACCCACGCCCAUCGGCCCAUGUCUCAACCUUGGGGCUGAUCAAAGCAGCGAGGGGGAUGUGGGAUUGGCGCUGAGCUCCAGUACUCCAGGACAUCCGCGUCGCAGAAGACGCAGAGCCGCUAUACGCGCCAGGUGGCGAACUCGAACCAGGGUCCGUGCCGGGCGGCGAUAUGGCCAUGAACGUCGGCUUGAGUUCCUACCUGUUCGUGGCAGAGGGACGGAUCAGCAAGCAAUUGGACCUUUCCUAAGAGAAAGACCCACCUUAAUGUUGAGAAAAAUAUACCUCUGA